GAUUUGCCUACUUUUAUCCAAAUGGGAAGAAAUAAAAACUUUUCAACACUACAUACGGUGCUCUGUGCCACCGGCGGUGGUGCUUACAAGUUUGAAGAAGAUUUUCGCACAGUAGAUUGGAAACCUCCAGCUGCACAAACUGGAUGAGCUUGACUGCCUUGUCAAAGGCUUAUUGUAUAUAGACUCUGUCAGCUUCAACGGCCAGGCAGAGUGCUAUUAUUUUGAAAAUGCCUCAGAUCCUGAGAGAUGCCAAAAGAUGCCUUUUAACCUGGAUGAUCCAUAUCCAUUGCUGGUUGUUAACAUUGGUUCAGGAGUCAGUAUUUUAUCAGUCCAUUCCAAAGACAAUUAUAAAAGAGUAACUGGAACAAGUCUAGGUGGAGGGACCUUUCUUGGUUUAUGCAGUUUGUUGACAGGCUGUGAGAGUUUUGAAGAAGCUCUGGAAAUGGCAUCCAAAGGAGACAGCACACACGCUGACAAGCUGGUUCGAGACAUUUAUGGAGGAGACUAUGAAAGAUUUGGCUUGCCAGGAUGGGCUGUAGCAUCCAGUUUUGGAAAUAUGAUCUACAAAGAGAAGAGAGAGUCUGUUAGUAAAGAAGAUCUUGCAAGAGCCAUAUUGGUCACCAUCACCAAUAACAUUGGAUCUAUUGCCCGGAUGUGUGCAGUAAAUGAGAAAAUAAACAGAGUUGUAUUUGUUGGCAAUUUUUUACGUGUGAAUACUUUGUCAAUGAAGCUUCUUGCAUAUGCACUGGAUUACUGGUCAAAAGGCCAGCUGAAGGCCUUGUUCCUAGAACAUGAGGGAUACUUUGGAGCUGUUGGUGCUCUUCUUGGGCUGCCAAAUUUCAGUUGAGGUACCAGAUGUCACUACACUGAAGUAUUUUCCACCUGAAUGACACUUACGGCAAUGGGAACUAAAUCUGGGGAGGGGAGAAAAAAAAUAGCAGGUUUUUCUGUAACUGUUUUUAAGAAGUGAUUAGCUACUGAAUAUUGCCAUUAUAAGGAAGGGGGUUUUCACUCUGUUGGGCCUUGAAAAGUGAACUGUUUGGGGAUAUCGUAUAUGUUCCUUGGUACAUGUAGCCAGUAUUGAACUUUUAAUAUGCAAUACAUCCUCUGAAAACAAGCUUCCAGAAGAAGGAAUGCCAAACCUUUAAGUGCACAGCAUGAAAAUAUUGCAAGUUUACUCCUGAGGCUUUAGGCCCAUCAGUUUUGUAUAUAAUUGAUGAAUGAAAAAUUAUUUUCAUUAGUUAUACUAUAUUAUGAGCACAAUUUCCAAUGUGUACUUACAGAAAACAACUUUAAAAACAGUAAGGUACUAUCUACAAGAUGAGGAAACAGUAAACAAUUGCUUCCCACAGUAAGAAUAGUAAUUAUUUUAUUUUUAUGUGUAAUGGAAGUAAUAUGAAUGCUUUGAUUUUCAGUGGGAAGAAUAGAAACACAAAAAAUCAGUCAAAGCAGCAGAUUAAGCAGUUGAUGUUUUGAAGGUUUUGUGAAGAUACUCACUUGCCCUCUUCAUUUAUUUGAAGAUGCAGCUGUUAUUUUGGGAAGAUCCCCUCUGUCUUUGGUUGGAUUCGGAAAAGAAUUUAAUGAUAAAUGAAGGCAGGUUGGGGAGGGGGGGUUGGUUUGUUUUUUUUCAGGACAUGACUUCCAAAAUGCCUUCUGGUUUGUUUUUGUUUGUUUGUUUCUCUUAUAAAUUCUGACAUCAUGCAUCAUUAUUUGUAAAGGUACUACAAAGCCUUAGAGAAUUGAAGAAAUCCUUAUAAAAUAGACUAAAUAUGGGACCUCCUAAUUGUGAUGCUUUGGCUCAUUUCUGUGGAGGUUUGGAAAAUUUCUGCCCCAUCCUAGUAAUUUGAAAAUGUGAUUUCCCCUUAAUUUUAUAAGAGUUGAUCAGAAUCUAAUUAGAUAUGUUGAAAAUGAAAGGUUGUUAGCUUCCUUUUGGAUUUGGAAGUUUGUUUUUGAAAGUUGAGGACAGCAUCAGAGUUUGUAUUGCAGCACCAAACGGACCAAUAUUUAGUGCACUUGCAAUAUGGAAUCAUUAAUCAAAUUGUGGCCUUGGGAUAAAAUCCAUACUCUGGAACUGAUCUUUUGGGUUUUCUGUAUACUUUUAAAAUUUACGGUUGUGAUUAUUGUAAUAAGUUUAGUCCUGAAGCCAGGGCAUGAGAUCUUAAACUUCUAAGAAUAUUAUACAGUCAUUAGCUACAUGACUCUUUGUGGACUCAAGAGCUACCCAAUUUUAUGAUAUCAUUUUAAUGUUAAAUUUUUCCUAUAAGUGCAUGAGGAGCAACCAGACUAGAACACAUUCAUAUCUGGGGUUUUAAGGUAUUUUUAAAACUGCUCAAGUAUUCCACAGCAUGGCUGUGUUGUAUUCACAGACACAUCCACCUACUGUGUUAGAAACCUCUGUGUGUUAUUUCCAGUCUUCUCUUUCUUUUCUUAAAAUUCGAAGCCCCAUACUAACAUCAUAUGUUGUUUUUUUAAUUUUCUGUGGUCCUUUAAGAGUGCAGUAACUUAGAGUAGCCAAUUCAUUAAGCCCAAUGCCAAUCACAAAUGCCGUUCCAUUUAGUGUUGCUUUUCCUGGUACUCGUACUACAUUUCCAUUGUGCUUGCUUUGAUGUUUCAUUUUAGACAUUAAAAAAACAAACAAAAAUUACACUCACAGUUCAACUGAUCUAAUGCUAAAUCAGAGCACUUCAGAAAAUAAGCGAGCAUGGUUUUUAUAGAAUGUCUUUAUAAAUGCUGUAUACCGUUCCUUUUAAGUUACGAUUGACUAUAGAAAGUAACCUUUAUUUGGUUAUAAAACUUUGUAAAAACUUAAUUUUCUGAAUGUUUUGACAGCCUUCUGAAAAUUUUGCAAACCAACGGCGUAUUUUCCUUGCAAAGUGAGGUACUUUAAGACACAUACUACAGCUUGAUUAGAAAGAGUUCUUUUAGACCAUAUUUAUUGCUACUUCACUUCUCAUUUUGUGAUACGGAAAGAGAGCUGCUCCUGAAGCAGUGAUUAGAAGUUACUUGUAUAUUUAACCAGAAGCACAUGUAGAAGAUGAUUACAUAAUGACCAUGGUUAAUUUAAACCAUUUGAAGUUGAAAUGACCUAAGAUACAUUUUUAAAGUAAAUUGUACAGAGUUACAGAUAAAUUAAUGGAGUAAUUCUUGAAUAGCUGUACUGUAUAGAAACUACUGUGAGAAUCAAAAAGUAUGCCCUACCUCUGUUUUACUUCCCUUGAGCUUCUAAAAAAUUGGCUUCCUUUUGCUGGUUUUAUCAGCACAAUUGUUACUUAUUACAAGAGCAACCGGGGAAGUUUUCAAGCCCUACUGUAAAGCCCAGGGGUCCCGUAUUUAAGCCACAUCUUUGGUUUUCAUCUCAUUUUCUCUCAACUUAGAACUUGUUACUAGAGUCUCCAAAGAUUGACUCUACCACCACAUAAAAUGCUAGGCAUCACAAAUAGUUGCAAGAUAAGCCUUAAAGUCUUUUCAUAUAAAUUCUGUUUUAAAUAGGUUGAAAAGGCUUGUUUCUUUUAUACAAAUCACUGAAGUAACUUGCUUUUUCCUGAUCUUCUCUGUUUUCACUUUUACCCUUGCCAUUUCGUUUCCUUUUCCUCAAAGCUAACUGGUUGAAGCAGCUUUAGAGUGAAUUGAUUCAGUGUGAUGUACUGCAGUAGAGAAAAUUUGGGGAUUUCUCAGGGCUACUUCUGUCUUCUCAAGUAGAACCACUUCUCUAGAGGAAAGUUGUGUGCUAUUUCCUCUUCUAAAGUAAAACAUAAAGCUCAUUUUGAAUGUGUAAUCAUUUUCAGCUCAAUCAGCCAUGUGAGUGCCUUUUUAAUUUUUUCAUAUAAUGCCAAUUUUGCUGGUACUGGGACUUUAUCCAUGAGGUUUCCUAACCAGUGUUGCAUACCAGAGAAAUGGCAGAUAAUUUUAUUGGCCAUGGAGAUGAUCUCUUCAAUCCAGCGUAGCUAGAGAUGCCAGGAAAACAGCAUCAGGUUUCUGGCUUCCUAUCCUUUUAGCCCUUAUCUUGGGGUAAUGUUUCUGCAUUUCUUGGUCUUGUCCCUCCUGCUUGAUCUUUUUAAGUAUUAUGCACAGUUUUAUUCUAUCAGUAUCUCCCUAAAAAUCAUGCGGUUUUAGUCAGAUAAGUACAGAUUAUUUCUGGCCAAGAAAGUUCAUUUUUAGAUGAAGCUAUUCCAGGUUGGUAUGGCUAUUAAACUUAACCACUUUCACCUUUCUAGUUCUACGUAGGGUAACUGCAAUUUGAACAAGAAGGGAACUUCUUCUACAAUACGUUUUGAGUAUUUAGCAAGCUGGAGUGAACACAUCCUCAACGUUCUUUACUAAAGCUAGCAGAGGUUUAAGUAUAAACACUUUCAUUCUUUUUAGUAAAGCCUCAAUAAAUUUAACAGUUUGGAGAGAAGCAGCACUGGUACACUGUCUUAUAGUCCGAGAUUUUCAAAGGGUGUUCAGAUGUCUGACCUGCCUUUUGAAGAUCUUUCCCUCUCUCUAGUGUUCUGCAACAAGCACCUGUGUGAUUCUGCCAACACCUCUGUUCAUAAUUAAAGAGUUACGACGUGGAAAGAAUAUGAGACCAUGCUGUCCCACUUAAUCUCAGCCUGUAUAUUAAGAACAAAAGUUCCUUUCUGGCUUCUCAUAACACAUUAAAUAUUCCUUCAGUAGUACGGAGAUUACUACUUGCAUUUGAGUUGUUGGCAGUAUACAUGCAAGGUGAUUAUAUUUCCUUUAAGGGUUGUAAUACUAACUCUAUGUCUCUAUCCAGUAUAGGUCUUCAGGAAGUACCUACUUUCAGAUAUGUUGCAAUAACUUCUCAUUUUUAAACGUUUCAGAAUAACAAUGGGAUUUUAACAUUUGGAACUAAUUAAAGUGUCUUAUCUAGAGCAAAUCUGUGCUUCUUAAAGACUAGAUGGUGUCUAAUGCCUUCAGUCAUUAACUUAUGUUAAUGCCUAAAUUUAUAUUCAACCUGUUUUUAAAUAUCACUUUCACUAUUCAUGUUCUGGAUAGUAGGUGGCUAUAAUCCCAAGGAAACAGUUUAGUUCAGAACAGAGAUGAAGGUCAGUGCAGUUCUGUUGAGCUGGUUGUGGUCAGCUUUUUAUCCUGAGUCCAUCUGCACACCUAUGGAGACUAGUUCUUUCCCUUGUCAGUGUUUUCCUAGUGACACGGCUUUCUACAUCCUUUUUUUGGAUUAUGUAGGCUUAAGAAAACCUGUAAUAUGUAACAGAGCUUUGCUUAUGUUAAAAAGUGAACAAAAAUCUGUGGGUCAGAUUAAAAGUAUUUGAGCAAGACCUGUAGGUCACAGUGCAGAGCUAGGAACAUGCUUGACACAUACAGUUACUGUUUUUAAUUUUUCCAUUUCCUGUUAACGCACAGUGAUAGGGGGCAGGCUUACAAUCAUUGUGGGUAAAAUGGGUGAAUUAAGUCCUCAGACAUGGCCAUGGGAGUUUAAAGAAGUAUCACAGUAUAGAGGGAUCAUUCCCUGCUUACAUUCUUUAAGUUUUACUGAUAUAUUCCAAAGUACAUCACCAGUAUUAUCAUCUGUUGAUAAAAUUACUAAUUCUCCGAGUUUAAAAAAAGUCUGAAGAAGCCUGUUUUAUUAGUUUUGUUUACUUCACACAUGUAAAGCAUAUUAAGUAUUCUUAAAAACACACUUUCUGAAAACAUCUCAAAAGAUGCUGUAAUAUAUAUGUAAUUAUUAAUGUGCUAAUGGAAUAUGUUUGAGCAGUCUAGGUUUGCAUAACUGAGUGCCAAAUCCUGCUCACUUCAGUUACUUGAGUAGAUGAUUUUCUUAAACGGGGACUGUUUUAAACUAAUGAGCAAGAUUUGGCCUUGAGGUCUUCUGCCUGGUAAUGCUACUUUGCAUAUUCCUGCUGGUGCUAAAUCAUUUGUUGAGAAUAAAGAUUCUAAAUAGAAACUGUAAAUAAAAUAUUUAUGGCCUGGUCCUUUUGACAGACUUAAAAGUUAUCGUUUGCAAAUAUUUUUUGGCCUUAUUUCAAAUUUCCCUUUUGGUUUUUUUUAGAGUAUGUGGACUGUGUUUGUUAAUGUGGCAAGUCAUUGGCAGGUUUGGCUUCCUGUGCUGCUUUCUGUAAGGCCCAUAACUUUCCUGUUGCACAUUAUGAUACAGAUGACUUUUCAUUGCUGGAUUUCAGUGUUAUCCUUCAUAUUGUUUUGUCAUUGUAGCUGUUUAAGCAAAUAGUAUCAAGUAGAACACGAUUGGCAUUUGUUCUCUGCUAAAACUUCAAGAGAAUCAGCUGUUACUGUAAGCAUUUGAGGAAGUUGUUGAAAAUGCAAAAAUACCCAUUUAAAAGAAUAUUAAAAGCUAAAUGUGUUAAUUAGUCUUGCCUAUAAAAUAAACUGGAAUAUGGUGUGUCAGUUGCUAAUCUUCGCUAUAAAUUGCUAGCAUUUCACAAUUCUUCUAGCAUCAAUUUAAGAAGAUUGUAAAUACAAGCUUUGGAGGAGGUAUAUUAGUUUCAGAUUGUGCAUUACAAAAGAAUUUAAUUAUAAGACUAGUGAAUUAGUAUUUUGAGAUGUAUUAAAUUACAACAUCUAGAACAUGAAAAUUAGUGUGUUGAUGUUAUAGAGAUAGGACAUAGAGGGCUUUUGAUAAUCUGCACUUUUUUACAUUCCUGAGUGCUGGCAUUUUAACAAACAAGUAUUUAAUUUUCCAUCUACUGUCUCAUCAUAUGCAGGCCUUCUAAUCACCAACUGCUGUCUUCAAAUACUUGUUUUAGUUAGUAAAAUGGACAGCCAAAUUUAUAAAUUGUAAACUCUUGUAGGAUGGAAGUUCUCUGAGGAGCCAUUUGGUUAAGUUGCCUUAUUCUAUUACAUUGCACUCAUGUUAUGUCUCCACUUUCUUGUUUACUGUUCAGACACUGAAGAUGUGAUGUAAAAAUAUGUGCUACAAAUUUUUAUUCAUAAAUUACUGAUUAAUACCUUUGUGUCACCUGUUAAUACAGCUCUUGUAAAUGAUACCUUUAUGCCAUCUGUAAUACAGCUCUUGUAAAUUGUUUAAAUUAUUUUUCUUUUUAUAGAUUCUCAUUAUUGAAUGUACAGAUUAGAUCCCUUUAAUAUGUCACUGAGUCAUUUGACUGGGGCGCAAAUAUGGCCAAUGCUGUAAUUCAUCCCAUCAAAACUGUAAAUAAUUCUUUACUGCUUGUUUGCAUGAAUGAAGUUUGGAUUUCAUUUACUUUGUCAUAACCCAAAUCUUCUGUGAUGGGCCUACUUUUUACAGUUUAUUUUCCUGGUUUUAUUACCAUUUGUUCUGUAUGAAUGUUGAAACAGUACUUUGUCUUUUCCUAAUAAAUAAUUUGAGAUUGUU